AUGAAUCUGCAGGCUGUCAGCUCAACAGAAAAAGCAAUAUUAUGCCCAAAGAUUCAAUCUUGCCUUCCUAAACAAGACCUCAAAGGCCGUUCCGUUGCUAUUAUAGGUCUGGGAAAAUCUGGAAUUUCUGCUACAAAGCUUGCUCUUGCCAGAGGUGCUUCUGUUCUAGCCAUUGAUGAGAACGAAAAAUUGGUCCCUCUAUGGCAAAAUAUUCUUUCAGAGAAACAUAGCUGUUUGAAGACAAUCCUUGGUCAAUUUGAUCACGAGUUACUUAAGGAGGCUGAUGUGAUAGUUGUUUCCCCUGGAGUUCCUCUCAAGAAUUAUGGUCUGUCCUCACUUUUACAGUCUGGAAAGCGUGUAAUGUCCGAGUUGGAUUUUGCAGCAGAAGUUCUCCCAAGUUGCACCAAGGUUUUGGCUGUGACUGGAACUAAUGGAAAAUCUACCGUGGCCACGUUUGCUGGACAGAUUCUCCAUCAGUUGAAUAUAGAGACUUUUGUUGGGGGAAACCUAGGCAUUCCUCUGUCGGAAGCUGCUUUCCAGUGCAUAACAUCAUGCCCUGAAAGAUUUCUUCAGGUUGCCGUUGUGGAAGUUAGUAGUUAUCAGUUAGAAAUUCCCAACAAGUUCUUCCACCCUUCUGUUGCUGUAAUCUUGAAUCUCACUCCGGAUCAUCUCGAAAGGCACAAGACAAUGGAAAACUAUGCCAUGACUAAGUGUCGCGUUUUUUCUCACAUGACUGAAAAAAAGAUUGCUAUUCUUCCACUUGGAAAUUCUUAUCUAAAUGAAGCAAUUGCUGGUCAUGAGAAUGAAUGUAAUUUUGCUUGGAUAGGCGCUCAUCCUGGUGUUAAAAUUGACAUGGAGGCCAGAAUUGCCAACUUUGAAGUCCCUACAAUCGAACAUGUAUCCCAACUACCAUUGAGUGCAAUGAAAACCAUUGGGACACAAAACUAUUAUAAUGCUGCAGUUGCUGCAUUGUCUGUUAUUGGUCUGGAUCUUGGAAUCAAUGAUGCAGCUAUCUAUUCAACUAUUGGGAACUUAAGAGCUCCACCUCAUCGCAUGGAAGUUGUUCACAAAGAUAGUCAUGGAAUAACCUGGGUGGAUGAUAGCAAGGCAACAAAUGUAGAUGCUACGUACACUGGAUUGAUGGGUCUCAAAGAACUAAAAGCAGUGGUUUUACUUGGCGGUCUGGCAAAGGCAUCAGACGUGCAAGGUUCUAAUGGUUUUGAGCGGCUGGUAGAAACGUUGAAGUACCACAGAGGUGUAAUCACCUUUGGGUCUGCAGGUAUGAUGAUCCAAAACACACUAUCCUCUAAUGGCCUCAACAUUCCUUGUAUAAGAGCCAGAGAUCUGAAGGACGCUGUGAGGUUGGCGAAGAGUAUGGCAAAAACUGGGGACGCAAUUGUUUUGAGUCCCGGCUGUGCUAGUUUUGAUGAAUUCAGAAAUUUCGAGCACAGGGGAAAAUUCUUUCAGGAGCUUGCCUUCUCAAAAUAA